AUGCUUAAAUACAUUAUAUCUAAGAUAAAAAAGAUCUACCCAGACCCUGAGUCGGAGAAGGCUAUAAUGGGAUCUGUGGUGUACUGCAUUCAUCACAAGGAAGGAUGUCAGUGGUCAGAUGAACUACGCAAAUUGAAGGCGCACCUUAACACCUGCAAGCACGAUGCAGUGCUGUGCGCGGCGCAGUGCGGCGCGAUGAUCCCGCGCGUGCUGAUGCAGGACCACCUGCGCUACACGUGCGCGCGCCGCCGCGCCAACUGCGAGCACUGCCAUAAGGAGUUCUCUGGGAGCGCCUUAGAGGAACAUCAAGGGAACUGCGGUCAUGAGCCAGUGUACUGCGAAAACAAAUGCGGCGCAAAAGUGCAGCGACGACACACACAACAACACAUUCAACAACACUGCAGUAAACGUCUCGUGCCCUGCAAACAUUGCGGACAAAGUUACACUCAGGACACAGUGAGCGCACACGGUCUGUCGUGUGGGCGCGCGCCGGUGGCGUGCCCGCAGCGCUGCGGCGCGGGCGGCGUGGCGCGCGCCGACCUGGCGGCGCACCUGCGCGACCACGCCGCCGCCGCCGCAGCCGCCGCGCUGCCCUGCUCCUUCAGGGACGCCGGCUGCAGGUUUAAGGGUACAAGACAAGCUCUCGACAAACACACAGAAGAAAGCUGUCAACAGCAUCUCGCCCUAGUCUCCGCGCUGGCCAGCCGUCAGGCGCGACAAUUGGACUCUCUCCGGGCAGCAGUCGCGCGACUGUCGGUCAACUGUUCCGGCGCACUCGUGUGGCGCAUCUCCGACUGGGCGGCUAAAAUGGCUGAGGCCAAGUGCAAAGAUGGAGUCGAGCUUGUAUCCCCCGCGUUCUAUACUAGCCAGUAUGGAUAUAAGUUGCAGGCAUCACUUUUCUUGAAUGGCAAUGGCGCUGGUGAAGCUACCCACAUGUCAGUAUACAUCAAGAUUUUACCAGGAGAAUACGACGCUCUCCUCCGCUGGCCAUUCGCUCAUACAGUUUCCUUCACGCUCUUCGACCAGAGCUCAAGUCCGGACCGGGCCUGCAACAUCGUCGAAAGCUUCGUUCCAGACCCAACUUGGAAAAACUUCCAAAGACCUUCAAAGGAGCCUGACGCACUCGGCUUCGGUUUUCCAAGAUUUGUCUCCCACGAGAUGUUGAAGAAGAGGAAUUUUAUUAAAGAUGACGUAAUGUUUUUAAGAGUUAAGGUAGAUCCAAGUAAGAUUGUAGCUGUUUAG